AUGCGCCUCAGCGUGGCACAGCCCUCCUAUGCAGACUGUGGCACCUCCCCACAAAACGUGGCCCCCAUGCGCACACCGCGCAGCUACGAGGGCUCAGACAUGGUGGAGAGCGACUACGGCAGCUUGCAAACCAGCAAAGAAAAACAAAUAUAUACAUUUCUUCGCACAAUUUCUUCUGGAUAUCAGGACGCGAGUGGACUCCGGAUUCCCUGGGUGGUAACUUUGCUGGCUACGGUUCUUAUCACAACCAUCGUGGUAGACAUGUUAGGCAAUCUGAUGGUGAUAAUCUCGGUCUUCCGGAACAAGAAACUCAGGAAAGCAGGACAUGCCUUUGUGGUUAGUCUGGCUGUAGCAGACCUGGUGGUAGCCAUUUAUCCGUACCCUUUGGUUCUCUCUGCCAUUUUCCGUGACGGCUGGAGCCUGGGCUACAUCCACUGUCAGAUCAGCGGUUUCCUGAUGGGGCUGAGCGUUAUUGGCUCCAUCUUCAACAUCACAGGCAUCGCCAUCAACCGCUACUGCUACAUCUGCCACAGCCUCAAGUACAACAAGCUCUUCUCUAACAAGAACACCAUCUGCUACGUCAUCCUGGUGUGGGUCCUCACCAUCCUGGCCAUCAUGCCGAACUGGUUCGUAGAGUCCCUGCAGUAUGACCCCCGCGUCUACUCCUGCACCUUCGCGCAGUCCAUCAGCUCACUCUACACAAUCAUCGUGGUGGUGGUCCACUUCAUCCUGCCAUUCAGCAUCGUGACUUACUGCUACCUGCAGAUCUGGAUUCUGGUCAUCCAGGUGAGGCGACGCGUCAAGCCAGACAACCGCCUCAAAAUCAAGCCCCACGACAUCCGGAACUUCCUGACAAUGUUUGUGGUUUUCGUGCUGUUCGCCGUGUGUUGGGCACCACUCAAUUUCAUCGGGCUGUCGGUGGCCCUGAACCCAGGUCUGGGCCUCGUCAUCCCAGAGUGGCUUUUCACUGUCAGCUACUUCAUGGCUUACUUCAACAGUUGUCUCAAUGCUGUUGUGUACGGGGUUCUGAACAAGAACUUCCGAAACGAGUACAAGAGAAUCGUAAAGGCCAUUAUUAAGCUGCCUUGCUAAAAAAAAAAGUUAGAAAAAAACUAUCCUGCAAUUUUGUGAAAAGGAAACAUUAAA